AUGGAUGACUUAAUAUUUGAUCAUGAAACUUAUUCCGAAUACAUGGAUGAUCAGAACAAUAGUCAGGGAUUCUACGUGACGACAAGUGAUAAUGGUCAUAAAUUGUUGGGUGGAAUAAGAAGAAUCAGCAAAAAUCAAGACCAUCUUUAUCUUAGGGCUGAGAUUGCAGCAGUCUAUGCAGUGGAACAACACAAUAAGAAAGAAUUAGAAAGAACUUUGAAGUUUUUGAAAUUUGUGAAUCUUAAUAUUGGACCCACUGCUGGUGUAAUUUAUUAUAUUACAUUAGCAGCAGAAGAUUCAUCUGGUGAAAUUAAUCACUAUCAAGCAAAAAUCUGGGAAAAGCUUAACACUGGAUAUCAAGUGCAGAUCUUCAGGCUUGCUCCAUAUGAUGCUGCUGCAAAAUCUUCAGAAGAAAGCGUGGAAGAUGGAUGUUGCAGAAUUAGGGUUGAUAAUUUGCAGCCUGGAAUGGAUGAGAACUAUCUAUUUCACAAGUGUUUCUACAGAGCCCGUGAAGAGAUUUUGAGUGUGAAGGUCAUUCAGAACGAGGAAACUGGCCAUUCUAAAGCAUACGGUGUCGUUUCAUUCAAGAACCAUGCAACUGCAGAGGAAUUUUUGAUGAAAUAUAAUGAAAAAUUGAUGCCACACACCAAUGAUCAAAAAGUAUCAGUUAGUGCUUGUUUGAUGUCUGGUGAAUUGGUCGAUGUUGGCGAAAGCUCCUUUGUUCGGAUAUUUGGGCAAGAUGUAGAGAGCUGUUAUUAUUAUGUUUAUUUUGUCUAUUGUGAGAUAUACCUAUAUAUUGGUAAUAAUUAUAAUAAUCAAGAUUCUCUAAUAUUCUUCUCUGAUACAACUGAAGAAGGAAAAGGAGAAGUUGAAGGAUUCAAAGUCCCAGAGCUUUGA